GUUACUUGUUUGUAGUUGUUUCUGCUGUCUAACAGAGCUAAAUAUAUGCGUUUAAAUAAUCUUUAAUAGCGAAGAGCAAUGAGCUAUUCAAGCUCCCCCGAAAGUAAAUAUGCUUUCAAAACAUCUAAAGAUUUUGCGGAUGAAAUAAGUCGGUUGGAAGAAGAAGGAAAUCGGCUUCUGGCAGUGACGGAUAGACUAGGGGGUAUAUAUAUCCAAAAUAUAAUUCUCAACAACAAUUUAUUUUUAAGAUUAAAAUUCUAAAGAUCGUUUCAAAUUUAUUAAUUGUAUAGUAAUUAACUUUGUAAACCAUUAUCCUAUUUUAAUAUCUGUAUUAAAUGCCUAAAAUUUACUUUGAAAACACUCCAACUGAAAGAUGAAAGAUAUAUUAACAUAAGAAAACAUGGUAUUUGUUGUGUAAGAGGUUCGAAAGUAGUUUCCCUUACUACUUUAAAUAUUUGACCCGAUUAAUAUAAGAUUAAUCAAAGAUCUCUUUCUCUUUUCUUAAAAUGCUAAAUUCACAUGCUAAGACAACUAAAAAGAGUAUAUACAUAUAUCUAUAUAUAUCUAUAUAUAUAUCUAGAUAGAUCGAUAGAUAGAUGGAUAGAUCAUUUAAUAAAUAUCUGUAUUAUACUAGUGCUUUCUGUGCCUUAUUCCUUUUCUAACAUGCAGAGUCUCUUAUGAACACUAGCGAUGGAAUAUUAUCGAAUAGCAGCAGGACUAGCAACUCUGGCCGGCAAAAGCCAAUAAACGCCAUGACUACUUUCAAUCAACUCAGAAGAGAAAUGGCGGCUCAAUCGAAAGCAACUAAAGAUUUACAAUUCGAAUUUGGUUUGGAAACAAGUCCUAAACAGGAAUCUCAAUCGCACACUUCAGAUUCAACUAUAUUCUCUAGUUCAUUAACCAAUAUUACACCUGAUUCUUUUAUGUCAAGAUCUUCAUCUUCAGUAAUCCUACCAUACGAACAACUAGAAGAAAAACUCAAAUAUACUCAGACGGAAACUAAUGACUUAAAGAAACGCCUUUCAGAGAUCCUGAAGUUGAAUAAUGAUCAGAAAGAAUCAUUUAGAUCUACGAUAGCGAAUUUGAAAGGUAAUCUUCAAGAAGCGAUUAUAGCAAGGGAUUCUCUACUUGAGAAUAAGAAAAAGGAAUCAUUAGGGCACGACAGCGUUAUGAGAAAACUUCAAAAGCAAUUAAAAUAUUUGGAAGGAACUAACAAAAUGCAAGAUGAAACAAUUAAAGAUUUAACAGAUAAAGUAGAGAAAUUCCAGAAUUAUAGUGCAGAAGCGGAUACAGCAAUUUAUCAUUUGAAAAACGUUUUAAGAGCGCAGCUAGAACGACGACAGAAAGAUGUAAAAUCGAUUCCUUCUUCUUCUAUAUCUUGUAUGGUCGAGUGCGUCGAAAAAGAACUUAAAGAAAUGGAAUUUGAGUUAGAAAAUAAGGCUUUUACGAUACAACAACUAGAAAAUGAUAUAUCCGAAAUGAAAGCUUCAAAUGAGAGGAAAAUAAGGGAGUUGACUUACGAUCAUGAAUUAAGCGAAAGAAGAAUUAAAGUCAAUUGUGAACACGAUGUACAAAGCAUUAAUGAGAAAUUAGAAAUGAUGAAAAAGCAAUCAGGACUUCUAAAAGAACAAAUUGCGAAUUUAGAGAAACAAUACCGUGAUGACAUUAAUCAGAAGGAAUCAGCUAUGAAUAAUCUUAAAUCCAGAUUGUUUGAAAUGGAAAAAGAUUAUGCUCAAGAUAGACAUUUAUGGAAGGAAAAGCAAAAUGCACUAGAAGUCGGCCUAGACGAAGCCCAAAAGGAAGCCGCCCUAUCUUCUAACGAUAAAAUGGACACGGCUAAGAAAUAUAGUGUGUUAGAAUCAACAUAUAACGAAAUGAAAACGGCUCUUACUAGGAUGGAAUGUGAAAUAGAACAUUUAACUAAGGAGAAUAAAAGAUUGACUGAUUCGGAGACAGCACUACAAGAAAAAGCUAAUAAUUUAUUCCGUCAAAAUGAAAAGAAACAAGAGGAUCUAGACGAUUUGAGAGGCGAACUAAAAAGGAGUGAGAAAGACGCAAAAGACGCUUAUAGAAAUGCAAUGAGUACUUUAGAUAGAGAGAAAUACGAGCAUACUAAUGAGACCAUUAGAAAAUUAGAGGCUCAAGUAGAAGUUUUAACAAAGAAACUAAGCGAAACGCAAGUGUCUUACGAACAAGUAAAAAUGCAAUAUAACACAUCGGAAAGUACCAGAAAGGAUAAUAGCUCGAAAUUAAGCGAAUUAGAAUCUUUGAUAAUACAAUUCAAAGCCGAAAAUGAACGUUUAACUAAUGAAAAUGUAACGCUUGCCGAUGAUUUUAAAAGAUUUUCAGAAGAAAAAGACUAUUUUUCUAAGCUAUGCAACGAAAGAAACGAAGAAUUAGUUAAUGUAAGAAAGUCUAAGGAUAAAUUAACUAUUCAACUUGAAGAAAGGAACUCUUCUUUCGAAACACUUAAGGAACAAAAUGUAAAAUUGUCGCAGAUGGCUGAUAUUCAGGCGAAGAGUAAUAAUUCUAUUAGAGACGAAAGAGAUUCAACGAUGAAGCAAUUAAGAGAAGCUGAAAAAGAGUUGGCUGUAAUGAAACGUGAUAAUGAGGAAAGAACGAAGGUUAUUGCUAGAUACGAAGACGAAAUUAAAGAUAUAAAAAAAGACAGAGAGGGAUUGGCAAGUCAAGUGGAAACCUUAACAAAUUCCAAGAAAGAAUUGGAAGAUGAAAUGUCUCAGAUUGCUGACGAACUAAAAAGUACUCAAUACGAUUUGGGUGUCAAUUUAUCGGAAAAAGACCAAUGUAUUGAAAAGUUUAGAGCUACGGAACAAUCUAAAAAUGAAGAAAUUGAUAAGUUAAAAGAGCAAGUUAAAGCUUUAAUGCACGAUACAAGACUGGCUAAGAAAGCUUUAAAACUUCAAGAAAAAUUAGAUGGAAAAGCCGUUAAAGUAGCUGGUAAAGUCCAAAAAGAGGUAACAGAAAAGAGAAGAGAAAUUGAUAGUUUAAAUUCAAGAAUUAGGUGGUUUGAAGAUUGUUUUGAAAAUUUUGAUAAGGAAAAGAGAAUUCUUGUCUCUGAGAAUGAGAAACUUUGCGAAGCAAUUGAAAAAUCUCUAUCGAGAAAUGAAAAUCUCGCUCAAGAGCUUAUGCAAUCUCAGAACGAUAACGAACGUCUUGUGCAAACUAUCCAUAGUCUUGAAAAGGUUAUCGAUUCUGUACAAAUGGAAAGGAGGAACGAGAACGUUUUAGAAGCUAAAUACGCUCAGGAUGUCGCUAAAUUGAAAUUAAAGCACGAGAUUGAAAAGAAAGAAUUGGAAGGAAAAUUAAAAAAAGAUCUACCACCAAAAAAAUAUUCGAACGUUGAACAUGAUAUAGAUGCUGUACAAAAUGGGGAAAGUAUCAGUACAAGUGAUAUUGUCCGAUUCGUUGGAGAAUUAAAAUCCCUUGUCGAACAAUUAAAUAACACUUCCAAUAAGACGUCUAACAAGGAGGAAUAUAAGCAGGACAAAAGUGAAAGAAAACCUGAAGAGGAUGGAAAGCAGAAGAAGAGAUAUCAGGAAGAAUUAGAAAGAGUUCAUAAGAAACAAGACGAGCUUCAAAAAUCAAAUGAAAAGAAGACAAGAACUCAAGUACGAACUUCAACAGCUUCAUCACCUCCAAAAUCCGAAUGUACAUCCUUGGAAAUGCUAAAAGACAAGGCAGAUCCUGAAAUUUUAUGCAGAAGAAUCGAAUCAAAAAUAAAGGCUCUUUCUUCUAUAGGUGGAAAAUUGAUACGAGAUAACGAAGGUAGGUCUAUUCCGUAA